AUGUGUUACACAAGAAAACCAAAACACCAUAAACAGAUUGGAAAACGAGGAAUCUCCAUAUCAUAUUGGAAUGUACAGGGUAUAAGACAAAAAAUAGAAGAUAAUGACUUCAUAAAAUGCAUAAAAAACCAUGAUAUAAUAGGUCUUGGGGAAACCUGGCUGAACAAGGACUCUCUGAAUACACUCAACAUACCAGGAUACUACAGUCACUCAAUAAUAAGAAGUAAACAGCCAGGUGGAGGACUAUCAAUACUAAUAAACGAACAAAUCAAGAAAGGUAUCAAAAUUGAAGAUGUAGACUCUGAAGACAUGCUUUGGUGCAAGUUGAAGAAAGACUUUUUCAACUAA